AUGGAUCUGCCUUGGGGCGCUCAGCCCCUAGAGAGAAGACGGGGGGGCCGUAGGCGAAGUGACAAACGUCACGCUCGCCACAAUGAAGACGAGAGGGUGAAUCGCGAUUCUAUGAUUGAUUUUUUGUCUGGUCUCAAGGGCAGCCUACAGAGUGCUCUACAUGCCCCGGGGCCUACCAAUCCUGAGGCUGGGGAGCAACAGAGGCCGGGCUCCAUGAUUUACUCGCAACAGUCCCCUCACACCCGCUGGGAGCGGCAGCUGCAGGAGCGCCAUCGCCACACACAGCGACAGCACUUGGAGCAGCAGGAGGAGGCGCUGGAUGAGCCCUCACCAAGUAUGCAUGAGCAGCACAUGUGGCACCGCAACAUGAGAUACCUCAGCAGUAGAAAGCCACAGAAACCCGAGUGGACGUGUCUACAGCAGCUGGAGAAGACCCUUACAAUAGAUAGUGCAGAUGAAGAGGAUGAUCCACCUUCUGCCGCUGCUGCCCCUGCAUCCGCUGCUUUAAAUUCACUUGUAGAAAAUUCUUCUGAGGUAGCAUAUGGAGAUGAGUAUGAACGGCAGCAGCAGCAGAAGCAACAUGAACGGCGCCACCACCGCCGUCGCCCAAAUGGCAUGCCUGGACGCCACAGCCGACGCCACAGUUACCGAAGUGACCAGUAUCAGGGCUUCGACUUCGAAUACACAGACGGAGAAUCAGCGCAGGCGGCUGGAAGUUAUGACCACGUAAGCCCUGUGGCCUCACCUCGCUUCGGGCGUCCCGAGCUGGAUAAAGAGUUCUCACAGGAGCCCUCAUCUCGCCAGUUUCCUGUCUAUGACAACCGCCGAGAAUCUGCACAGUUAGAAGAACAUGAUGAAACUGGAGCUUACUCCCAGCCGUGGACUGACGCUACCAACCCCUUCCCCGCCUCGGCCUCAACGGCCGCCACGGACGUCAACUCUCCCUCACUCUGGGACGCCAGCAUCACCAGCAGCGUUAGCAGGCGGUACCAUCAACACUACAAGUUGCAUAAGCAGCAGCGGAAAUGUGAAGGCGUCUCCAGACAAGAAGCUAGCUGGCUUGCAGACAGUGGUCCGCCGGCCUACAGCUCGGAGUUACCCGUGGACCAGUCAGUUCCUCGGCGUCAGCGCUUGAUAGAAAUUGCAAACCGAUUUCCACUUAUUUCCGAAGUAAACGAAGAACUUGAAACUGCGCAGCCGCGUCUACGGGAUCUGCGAGAGCAACUAGAUGAAGGCCUGAGGGAGGCCUUAACCCAAGACCUCUUGGAGUUUCAGAAGGAGGCCUUUCUUUCCGCCAGACGCAAGUCUGCGGCCAAGGCAAAGCUUCAACUUCCAGACGGGGAAGUUGAGGAGGAACAUCAUGGACACGCAGAAGCAGGCAUGGCGGUCUCUGUUGAACCAGAGACAAAAGAGGAAGCUGAAGAGGCAGCAGAUGUGAAAGCUGAAGUGGUAACAGGGACUGCAGAAGCCUCGGAGGAUCCCACAGGAGCAGACGCUGCCCAAACAGAACAGUUAACGGCAGUGGAAGAGGGAGCGCAGGCCCAAGAGACUGAAGAGGAGAACAGAGAGGCUUUGGAAGAAUCGUUUGGUGCAUCCGACUCCGAGGCCACCAGGGAGCAGCAGGUCUUGUCGCCCAUUGAAGAAGUACAUGGAGAAGAGAUAGAAGAAUUGGAGGAGCCAUUGGGAACUUCGCCCCAAAGUGAAGAUGACUGCGCAGCAGAAGAAGAUGCUGCAUGCGGGUAUGAGGAAAGCGAAUGGGCUAUGACGGAGGGGGAGAGUUUACAGGUCACUGAACAAAAUGAAGAAGUAAUGGAAGAGCCACAGGAACCUGAAGCAACCGAAGCUACAGAAGCAGAUGAUGAAGACGCUGCAGCACAUGCAGCAGCAGCAGACGACGAUGAAAUAGAAGGAGAAGCAGAAGCAGCAGAGGAAGCAGCAGCAGCAGACACAGCUGAAGAGGAAGAGGAGGGCAUUCUAGCUUCCAACUUUACGGAAGAUGAAGGGACACUUGGUGCAAAUCCAGAAACACAGGAGGCGUUAUCAGUCAUGAACAAAGCAACACAGUGUUGCGUUGAGGAGGAGAGACAAAACGGCGAGGCAGAUGAGGUUGCAGCUGGGAUAGCAGAAGAGGAAACCAAGGAGAAAACGCCGCCAACGGAUGGACAAAAGAAAGAAGAGCCACUUCAGCAGCCACAGCCCUGUUCCUCCCAAGGCAAAGUGGCAGCGAGCCCGGAAAGGGAAAGCCAGACAGAGGUCGGCAGUGACCAGCUCACUUUGGAAGCACUGCGCGCAUUGUCUGUGAGGAUGCUGCAACCACUAAAGUUCGACACCGCGCAAGUACAACAGAAGAAGCAGGUAGAGAGAGGCAUUUCGAGUUGGGGAGCGAACCUAUUUCCCCACUUCGAGAAGGGAGAAUUACUACCAGCAUCUGAUAGCUGCGUUGGCGAAAGACAGUUGCCGCGGGAAGACACAGACCUGGUCUACGGCCUACUAACGCACAGGGCCAGGCUCCACCAGCUGCUGCUUAUGGAGGCCACAGAAAUGGCAGCUGAAAGACAGAAAAUGCCAUUCAACAGCUUCGGCAGCAGCGCCGAUUCAUUUAGCAGCAACGUUCCGCCAGAUUACCGGCAGUGGGCACCUCAACCAUCACAAGAGGCCCCGUCGGCUGCACAAAAUGCACAAAAUGCCACAGGGGAGGGCUCCCAAAUGCAGCCAGAGGCAGCUCCGGUGGUAGGAGCAACACAAGACAAAGAGAUCAUCGGCAAUUCAUCUUCUUUGGAAUGCGAAGAAUCCACAGCAGAGGCGAAAAAUGCGCAAGAGUGCCUAGACUCUCCUCCAUCAGCCAAGCUGGAAACAGGGACGGCAGCAUCCGCUUCCGACAAGAAUGACGCCGAUGCUGAGCCAAAAGUAGCAGUAUCUUCCAGCAAGGAUGCAGACUCAGAAGCAGCAGGAUCAAGUGGUGUUUGUGAGCGCUGCAGGGAUACGGAAGACUCACCCUCGUUGGACCUCGCAGCGGUUGAAAAUACAGGCGAUUUCUUGCCAGCCUUGGCAGAAAGGGAAGAGCAACCACAGGCUCUUGCUGAACCAACUGACACGGAGAGAAAGAAAGUUGACGACAGUUCUGCAGAUGCAACGGCAGCUUCUGCUGUGGAAGCAAAGGCAGCAGCAGAGGCAGCCGCUGCUGCGAAGGCAGCAGCAGCAGCAGCCACUACAGCUGAAGCUGCCGCACUGGAGGCUACGCGUGCAGCAGCAGCAGCAACUGCAGCACUUAAAGCACACGCUGUAGCGGCGGCAGCUGCAGCAGAAAAGGAAAGGGCUGCGGCUGAACUGUCUCCACCAGAAGAUUCCCCUCGUAUUCCCCAAGAUCAGAACGACAUCUACGAGCUGCAGGGACUUCACGAGGAAAAUAUAGCAGCAGCUGCGGCUCAAAGGAUCAUUUCUUCAGCUGUAAACCCAGAAGCCCUGAUAAGUUAUGACAAAGCUAAAAUUCGCCUGAGUUGCGGCAGCGCCUACGUGGCUCAACGACGGGCUUUGCCGAUUCCGCCUCCAGCGAGAGGCAGCAAGAAGCAUCAUCCAUCACCGUCACCCAUUGCAGCAGCACCACAACUAGCAGCUAUACGGGCCGUCUCGUCGGCUGAAACAUCAAAGGCAUUAGAAACAGUGAGGACUCUUGAGGAGAAUGGAUUGUAUCCUCAGGCCCGGUUAGACGGGAAGAAAUGCAGUGGAAAAGAGGGCAGUGUCGGGGACUCGAGCCAGCAAACGCUGCAGCACAAGUUGCAGCAACAGCUGAGGCUGAAGAUGGUACAACAGCAAGCAAAUCUACAGACGCUACCGCAGCUGCAAGAAACGCAACAGAUUCUCCCGCUACAACCGGAACAGCCUAUUCUGAAGCUGCAGCAGCUCGUUCUGCAGCAGCAAGAGCAGCAGCAAAAAGCUCAAAUAGUGAGCCCACAAGAUGGCUCGGCCUCAACGAGCCGCCGUGCAAGCCGCGUUCGAUUUGCAGACGAAGCACUUAAAAACGAGGAGCUCAAAGAACAACUGAGAAAACAGGCUAAGGAGCUGCGGAAGCUGCGCCAUUUCAGAGACGUGCAGCACACUCUCCAUGAAGAGACCGAGCAGCACAUUGACAGGCUGCACACGGAGCUGAAGAAUCUCGCGGAUGAGAACUUGAAUUUGUUGCAGCAGCAGAAGCAAACAGGGUUUGGAGCUCAACAGUUGGCCUUCAACCUCCUCCGGUUGCAUGCGCUAGGAACGAAGCGGGGAGUUUCAGUGAAGGAUGCUGCAGUAUCGCCCCGCAGCGAACAGACAGCAGCUCUCGAACAUGUGCUACAGCAAAACAGAGAGCUCGAGCAGAUGCAGUGGCAAUUGCAGCAGCUACGGCAGCGCGUAACCGACAACCGCGCUACUCAGCAAGCAGGUGAACAGCGGCUUCUAGAGCUACAGCAAAGUGAGGCGAGACUGCAACAAGAAAACAACGACCUGAGGCAGAGGCUACAAACUCUGAGUGCAGCGCAGCAGCAGGCCUCCGCAGCUCAGGCAGAACAUGAGAAAUCCAGAGAUAAGCUCCGCGAGGAAGCAAACACUGGUUUGAGAAAGGCUCUUGCUGCUGAGCAGCAAGCUCGCUUGGAGGCGGAAGAACAACUAAGAGAAACACUUGAAGUGAUGCAGCUGCUAAAGCAGUGCCUACAGGAUCAUAAAGAGAAAUCGGCCUCUCUGGAGUACCACGUCAAGGAGCUACAGGAACUGCAACGGCAACAAAAGGAAGAACAGCUGCAGAGGGCUUUUGAAGCUUCCCAGUCUGCUGCGAUUCUGGAGGCCUUGGAUCGAGAACAGAACACAAGGGCGCUGCAAACAGCGCAGGAGACGGUUAGCACCGCAAAACAAGAAGACCAGCCUUGCAAAGCCUCUAUUUGCCAAGAUUCACCGGAAACAGUCAAAAAGGAGACAAGUGAGAUGGGCAUACAGGCGGGCCCUCCAAUGCCGUACGGCAGUCACACCAACGCUGCUGCUGAGGAACACCAGCAGCUGCUGAGGCAGGCAGCACAGCAACAGCAGCUUAUAGCUCGGCUCAAGUCGGCUUUGGCUACCCAGGCGAAGACUUUAUGCCAGGAAAAAACGUAUUAUCAACAGCUGGUAUUGAAGCUUCAGCAGCGUAUUGCUGAACUGGAGAGGUACCAGCAUCAGCUGCUGCUCCACAUGCAGCAACAGCAGCAGCAGCUGUUCCAACAGCAGCACCAGGCAGCUUCGCUACAAUCCGUGGCAUCAGGGGCUUCUCAGCGCCCGCCAUUUGUACUGCAGGCUCCGCCUGUGUUCGUCGGAGCCCCAGCAACAAGCUUACCAAUAGCGCCUGUACUCACCCAGACCUUUACAUCGGCCGACGUGCAGGCGGCAGCGCGUGCUGCCGCUGAGAGACAGCAUCAGCAGCGGGGGGGCCGAGAGGUGCAAGAAGGGACAGCGGCAAGGGUCGACAUCAUUGAACACGAGCCAGAAGCCGACCCAAGCUGCAGUGCACGCAGAGAAGACUGGCUCAAACUUCUGUCGGAGGCCAUCGAGGAGGAAGAAAACAAGCAACGGACCGAACCAACUCCACGGGAAGCGCAGGACGAGGGGCAGCGCAGAGCAAUAUUUGACAGGCCAGGGACACCAGCAGCAGUAAUAUUAGCAACUCAGAAAGGAGCCAAAUCAGUUUCAGCCACUCGAGAAGAUACGGUACACGUGGAGAUGCAAGAAACCCAGUCUGCAUGCUAUAAUCGGGACAAUGCAUCAGCAGCCCUAGAGGAGGCAGUGUCCGUGGAUGCAGUAGAGCCGAAGACAUUUGGGGCUCAAGAGCAGCAGCAAGCACAGCAGCAACUGAUACAGCAACUGCAAGAUAGUCUGCAAGGGAAGGUCUACGUGCAUCUUGAGAAGCUGCAACGCACCCUCAGUUCGGACCCUAACAACGGCCUAUCUGCGGGCAGUGUAUGCGGUAGGGGAAUCUCGCAAUGCACAAAUGAGGGUCAGGCGGCAGCGCCUGUUGGUGAGUUGAUAAAAGAGAACCUGGAGCAUUCCACUGAGAGCCGUGAUAGGCCGUUACUUACUUCGCAUGAACAGCAAACCCCACUGGAACACCGGUUACAACAUCUGCUGCAGCAAAAACAGCGGGAAAAGCAGCAGCAGAUAUCAAUACUUUCUAUACCUUCUUCUCCUGCCUACGCGAGCCCAUUCGGCACCACAGAUUCCGUCUCUGUCUCACUGCCGCUUCCUUCAGUUCCGUCCGGGCUGGAGUGUCGGGCACUGCUGAAGCGGUCUGAGCUAAACCGCAGCCCCACAACCUCUACAACCGCGAGCACUGUCGUUAGUGAUGAUAUCAGCAGUGCACCUGCAUUCCCUUCUGCCCUCUGCAAGCCACCGGAGAAAAGAGACGCUGAAAACGAGGAGGAGGUUUCUGGGGCACGGCAGAAGGUGCAGCAACUCAGGCAGCUUUUAAGACAGCAAGGGCUCCUUAACUGA